AUUUGUUUAGCUCCUUUAAUGUAUUGUUCUAACGUGCAUAUUCAAAUUCAGUUCUUUUAUAAUGCAUUCUUCCUGAGAUAACCAGCCUUCUUCCCAGUACUGUAUCCCUAUCUUGUGAUGUGCAUCUGUUUCUUUGCAUUUUAAUUCCGUCUCCCAAAAUGAAACCUUAAACUGCCCCACUCUUUUCUUUCUUGUAAAGCACUUUAAGUGCCUUUUAUGGGUCAGUGUCUUAAUAUAGGUAGAUACAUUUAUGCUUACUUCUUUUAAGGGCCUCAUUAAACACAACAAAUAAAACAUCUUCACUUCCAGGAUUAGCAGUUUCCCAUAAGCCUGUCCACUGAACCAUCACAGUUCAUGGUCAUAAUAUUAACAACAUCUCAAGAGUGAAGGAGAAAAUGGCAAAUAGUGAUGCCAAGUAAAGGUGAAAGUCUUGAGAGUGUUAUGAGUUACACAAAUGGAUCACACAUAAUAUACGAAUGAUGCAGACAUGUGCCGAUCAUUUCUUGAGGUCCAAAUUCCUUCAAGAACCUGAUGAAACCUUUUUUACUUUUUCCAGAGGAAAACUGAAGCUCACGUGCUUCCAUCCAUGCACUCAUCCUUAUUUCACGUGAUUCUAGGUGCAUUUCCCCCUUGCAGCUUGUUCAUGGAUUCCCAGAAACUUCCUGCAUUCCUAUGAUGAGCCUGGCGCAGUGGUGAAUCGCUUCCCCCCUGUUGUUGGGUCUGAGUGAAUUUUCCCGAGUCUGAGAGAUGAUGAUGCUUGAACUGAACAACUAAGGGUUCUGAAGUCAAAGAUCUUGAGAUUAAUAAUGGCAGGAAAAUCAUCACUUUUCAAAGUAAUUCUCCUUGGAGAUGGUGGAGUUGGGAAGAGUUCUCUAAUGAACAGAUAUGUGACUAAUAAGUUUGAUACCCAGCUCUUCCAUACAAUAGGUGUGGAAUUUUUAAAUAAAGAGUUAGAGGUAGAUGGACAUUUUGUUACCAUGCAGAUUUGGGACACGGCUGGCCAAGAGAGAUUCAGAAGCCUGAGGACGCCCUUUUACAGAGGUUCUGACUGUUGCCUGCUCACUUUCAGUGUUGAUGAUUCUCAAAGCUUCCAGAACCUGAGUAACUGGAAGAAAGAAUUCAUAUAUUAUGCAGAUGUAAAAGAGCCCGAAAGCUUUCCUUUUGUGAUUUUGGGUAACAAGGUUGACAUAAGUGAACGGCAGGUGUCUGCAGAAGAAGCCCAAGCCUGGUGCAGGGAGAACGGCGACUACCCUUACUUUGAAACAAGUGCAAAAGAUGCCACAAACGUCGCAGCGGCCUUUGAGGAAGCAGUUCGAAGAGUGCUUGCCACCGAGGAUAGGUCGGAUCACUUGAUUCAGACAGACACCGUCAGCCUGCACCGGAAGCCCAAGCCUAGCUCCUCUUGCUGUUGAUGGCCAGAGAGGUUGCCGUGCGUCCUAACCAACUCUCACACACACAAACAGGGGAGAGGAGAAUUAGCAUUUGCAGCAGUGGAUCUUGUACUCAUAAAAUUAACCAUAUUGCUGCUUCAUAAGUGGGUGGGAGAAGGGACACAUUCACUCACAGAAGAAUCUAUUUACUCAAUAAUGGCACCUUACAUUUAUAAAUUGUAACGGUUGUCUAAUGUUUAAUUUAAACAUGUAAGUUACAGAGCUAAUAAAUGAGUUGACCAAGACUUUGACUUUACUUAUGAUUAAAACAAAACACUUGAAUAUUCUAGAAAUUAUUGUUCUUUUCCUGGGAAAAUGGAGAACUGCUUUUUAUAUAUGUAUAUUUUUAUGUAAUUAGCAUCUAUUCCUGGUUCAAGGGGAAAGUUUCUUAAAGCAAUAAUGUUAGAUAUUAAAGAUUAAAAUCGAAUGCAUUUGUGCU